AAGCCCCAAGGCUGCGAUGGAAAGAGAAAAGGUGUCUCAUCCAUGACUGGGUUUGUCAAUUUUUGGUUAUCGCAGAGAAUUGUCUCCGAGAGCCAAGCUGACUGGACUUUGGGCUUCUAAUGAGUUAAGCACUAUCAGAGGAAGUGAGCUUUGACCGAUCCUAGCUUCGGGCUCACAAAGGCUCCCGGCUUCUGGCAAUAAAAAGAUCGUAAAACAUCAGCAUAUAGGACAGAGAGUUCCAACCUGAACAGAGGAGAGGUGUCCUGGAAGCUAUGGCGUUGUGUGACACUCAAGGACAAAGAGUGGCUGUUAUCGGCGGUGGUUUGGUUGGAGCACUGAAUGCCUGCUUUCUUGCAAAGAGGAAUUUCCAAGUUGAUGUGUACGAAGCUAGGGAAGAUAUUCGAGUGGCUAACUUUACACGUGGAAGAAGUAUUAACUUGGCCCUUUCUUAUAGAGGACGUCAGGCCUUGAAAGCCAUUGGUCUGGAAGAUCAGAUCGUUUCCAAAGGUGUGCCCAUGAAAGCCAGAAUGAUCCACUCUCUUUCUGGAAAGAAGUCUGCAAUUCCCUAUGGGAACAAGUCACAGUAUAUCCUUUCCAUAAGCAGAGAAAGCUUAAACAAGGAUCUACUGACUGCCGUGGAGUCAUAUCCCAACGCGAAGGUGCACUUUGGCCACAAGCUGUCGAAAUGCAGUCCGGAGGAAGGGGUACUCACUGUGCUCGGACCGGACAAAGUUCCGCGAGAUGUCACGUGUGACCUCAUUGUAGGAUGUGAUGGAGCCUAUUCAACUGUCAGAGCCCACCUCAUGAAGAAGCCCCGCUUUGAUUACAGUCAGCAAUAUAUCCCUCAUGGGUACAUGGAGUUGACAAUUCCACCUAAGAAUGGGGAGUAUGCCAUGGAACCUAACUGUCUUCACAUUUGGCCUAGAAACGCCUUUAUGAUGAUCGCCCUUCCGAACAUGGACAAAUCUUUCACCUGCACCUUGUUCAUGUCCUUUGAGGAGUUUGAAAAACUUCCAACUCGUAGCGAUGUGCUGGACUUCUUCCAGAAGAACUUUCCAGACGCUAUCCCUCUGAUGGGAGAGCAAGCCCUCAUGAGAGACUUCUUUCUGUUGCCUGCCCAGCCCAUGAUAUCAGUAAAGUGCUCUCCCUUCCACCUGAAGUCACACUGUGUGCUGAUGGGAGAUGCAGCCCAUGCCAUCGUCCCAUUUUUUGGGCAAGGAAUGAAUGCGGGCUUUGAAGACUGUUUGGUAUUUGAUGAGUUAAUGGACAAAUUUAAUAAUGACCUUAGUAUGUGCCUUCCUGAAUUCUCAAGAUUUAGGAUUCCAGAUGACCAUGCAAUUUCAGACCUGUCUAUGUACAAUUAUGUAGAGAUGCGAGCUCAUGUCAACUCUAGGUGGUUCCUGUUUCAAAGGCUUGUGGAUAAAUUUCUUCAUGUGAUUAUGCCUUCUACCUUUAUCCCUCUCUAUACCAUGGUCGCCUUCACCAGAAUAAGAUACCACGAGGCAGUGCUGCGCUGGCAUUGGCAAAAAAAGGUGAUAAACAGAGGACUCUUCAUCCUUGGGUCCCUGAUUGCUAUCGGAAGUGCCUACACACUUGUGCACCACCUGUCCCCAAGACCUCUGGAGUUCUUGAGAAGACCUGCCUGGAUGGAAACCACCAGCUACUGGAACAGGACCACAGACAUUUCCCUGCAAGUUCCAUGGAGUCACUAGGACAAAGACCCCAGUUUACCAACCAUAUGGUCAAAGUUCCGGGUAGCAAAUGUUUGAUUCCUCCUCAAUAGCAAGGGUGGAAAGCAUGUUUCCAUUGCCGUUUUCAGUUCACUACUGGGAAGUAGUUGUCAGCCUAGAAUGAAGCUUGGUGUGAAAUCUGUGUAUUGGUUCAGCUGAGCCACGGAAGAAUCUGUCUCAUCAUUUUGCAUGCUUGGGCUGGGUCACUUUAAAUUUAAAAACACAAUAACCAAGGUCUCUUUCACUUCU